AUGCCGCGAAAGCGCCUCCAAAAACAGAGCUUUGCCAUACACCAAGACGCAUCUCAAGUUUCUAUUGUUUUGGUCGUGGAGUCGUGGCAGUGGCUUGACGCAGCCCAGGCCCUCGACAGCACGCAGCAGGCCCAAUUACUAAAUGACGACGACAACACCGUCCGAAAGCUGACUCCCGCCUCGACCGGCUCCAUAAAUAGCAUGCAGACUGCGUCGCGGAACCUUGCGGCCAAGCACGCCCUCGGCCGCACCACGACCAUCCGGAGCGUCCCCAGCUUCGACAGCUCCGAAUCGAGUCCCGAGACCAAGAAGAGCCCCUUCUCCAGCAGCACCAACAGCAACACAAGCGCCGCCUCCACCACCCUGGGGGUUCCCGACCACGACAGGGCGGCCAGCCGCUCAGCCGCCGACACCCACACCCACACAACGUCCGCGCCGAGCCGCUGGAGCGCCAACGGCGUCCGCGUAAUAGAGACCCAGCACUCGGGGCCGCUGCCCCACGACAGCUCGGGGCUCUCGGAGCCCACGGAGCCGGAGAAUGGGCACUGGGACUCCACCAUUGGCAAGGCCGGCCUGGGCAAGACGGGCCGCGUCAUCAACAAGCUCGUCAGCGACAAUGACGCCCUGAAACGCGAGAUCCAGAUUGAGCGGCUGCGCGCCGAGGAGGCCAAGCAGGCCGCCAAGCUGGUCGAGGACAAGAUGGAGCGCAUGGUCGGCGAGUACGAGGGCCGGCUGCUCGCGGCCAGCGUGACCAAGACGCUGCUCGCCCGCAAGGAGCGCCAGGUCGAGUCCUUGACGGCCGCCGUCGACCUGGAGCGCGGCAAGACGCAGGCCGCGCUCGCCUCGGAGCGCACCUGGAAGGACGAGAUGCAGCGCGUGCGCGCCGACGCCAAGACGCACGUCGAGCAGGCCGCCGCGCACGCCCAGCUCAUGGAGGGCCGCUACAACGCCAUUGCCUCGCACUGGCGUGACCAGGGCGACCAGGUCGCCCGCGCCGUCACCAAGAUGCGUGCCGAGAUUGCCGAAAUGGUCGACGAACGCCGCCGCGACGAUGACAAGAUCCAGACAUUGCGCGACCUCUGCGAGCAGCAGGACGGCAAUAUCAGGGAGCUGCGCCGCCAAAAGGACGACAUGGCCCGCCUGUUUGCCCGCUACAAGCAGACCCAGGACGACGACUUGCGCCACAUCCGCACGAGUGCCAAGCAGAGGGAGGACGAGCAGGAACAGACCCUGGCAGAGGCGAGAGAAGCCCUGCACAAGCUGAAAUGGGCCCUCAACGUCAAGAACAACGUCAAGGGCGCGCAAUAA